AUGGAGGAGGAAGCUGGGGGGGCGCCGGCAAUGCACAGGUCUACUGCCUCCAAGAACUUUCACUUUUAUCACAUGGAUCUGUAUGACUUUGAAGACAGACUGCAUAUCUUCCCAGAAGAAACCACUCGGAUGAGAAGAGAAGUAGUCCAAGCUGAAAUGACCAGUGAGCCAAGAGGGGCAGCGAAAGGUAAGCCUCAAAAAGAACUUGAAGAGGAAGUGGAUGAACUUGUCCAUUUAUAUGGACUUGAAGAUGAUCACGAAUUAGGGGAUGAGUUUGUUGAUGAAAACAUGCCCAGAAUAGAGGUUUCAGAAUAUCCUCCUUAUGGGAUGAUGAGGAGAGAACCAGCCGGGGAGCAGAGAGACUGGAGACUUAGUGGAGAGGCAGCUGAGGCAGAGGACCCAGGCUUCGGAAGGUGGGGCUCGGCAGGCCAGUGCCAGGACUUGCGGGAAGCCUAUAGGUACACACGUGGCCGUGCCAGUGAGGAGUAUGAAUGCUACGUCAUCCCAGAGGAGGAGGAUGAGGAAGAAGCUGCUGACGUCUUCUGCAUCACUUGCAAAACUCCAGUAAGAGCUUUGGAGAAGGUUUUUGAUGAACACAAAGAGCAUGAGGUGACCCCACUCAAUAAAGCACUGGAAAUCGCCAAGGAUGAAAUUCACAAAAAUAUGUACAAAUUGGAAAAGCAGAUUAUCGAGAUGGAAAAUUUUGCAAGUCACUUAGAGGAGGUUUUCAUCACUGUGGAGGAGAAUUUUGGAAGACAAGAACAAAACUUUGAGUCACAUUACAAUGAGAUCUUGGAAACACUUGCUCAAAAAUAUGAAGAAAAAAUACAAGCUCUAGGGGAGAAAAAGAAAGAGAAGCUGGAAGCCUUGUAUGGACAACUGGUCAUCUGUGGAGAAAACCUUGAUACCUGUAAAGAACUGAUGGAAACAGUAGAGGAGAUGUGUCAUGAAGAGAAGGUUGAUUUCAUCAAGGAUGCUGUGGCUAUGGCGGACAGACUUGGAAAAUUCCUGAAAACAAAAACAGACAUAGAAAUCUCUGCGCAGCAUGACUUUGAAGACCAGACCUUGGACUUCUCGGAUGUGGAGCAGCUGAUGGGCGCCAUUAACACCAUCCCAGCUCCUUCUGCUCCAGUGAUAAACCCGCAGGCUCCCAACUCAGCCACGGGUUCCUCUGUCCGGGUGUGCUGGAGCUUGUACUCCGAUGACACAGUGGAGAGCUAUCAGCUGUCCUACCGGCCAGUGCAGGACGGCUCGCCUGGGAAGGACCAAGCAGAGUUUAUAAUGACCGUCAAAGAAACAUACUGCUCAGUGACAAACCUUGUGCCAAAUACCCAGUAUGAAUUUUGGGUCACAGCUCAGAACAGGACUGGCCUCAGCCCUGCCAGUGAGCGUGCGGUGUACAUGACAGCACCUUCUCCCCCCAUCAUAAAAAGCAAAGAGAUAAGGAGCUGUGAAGAGGCUGCGCUGAUUUGCUGGGAGUGUGGGAACCUGAAUCCUGUGGACUCGUACACAGUGGAGCUGAGCCAAGCAGCAACGCCAGAAGCCUCGGGGGUCACCGAGUCUGUUGUGGGCAUCCCGACCUGCGAGGCCCUGGUGCAGCUGCAGCCCCGGCAGAGAUACAUGAUCUACGUGCGAGCCCUCAACGUGGGGGGCCCCAGUGCAAGGAGCGAGCCUGCUACCGUCCACACCACAGGCAGCUACUUCCACCUCAACAAGCACACCUGUCACCCCUGGCUGACCAUUUCUGAGGAUGGGCUCACAGUUGUACGAAGCGAAAAGAAAACCUCUGCAGGGGAGCCGUUCCCCAGCAACACCCGGUUUACCAGGUGUGUUGCUGUCAUGGGAAAUCUAAUUCCAGUCCGAGGGCGCCAUUACUGGGAGGUAGAGGUGGACGAGUGUUUGGACUACACAGUGGGCGUGGCCUUUGAAGAUGUCCCUAAACAGAAGGACCUGGGAGCAGACUGCUUCUCCUGGUGCCUGAGGCACACAUUUGCGUCAUCAAGGCAUAAGUACGAAUUUCUACACAACAAGACGACUCCAGAUAUAAGAAUAACAGUUUUCCCAAGGAAGCUUGGCAUUCUAUUAGACUAUGAAAAUUCAAAAUUGUCAUUUUUCAAUGUUGACAUUUCUCAGCAUCUAUACACAUUCGGUUGUCAGUUUCGCCAAUUUGUGCAUCCCUGUUUUUCUCUGGAAAAGCCCGGAUGUCUAAAGAUACAUAAUGGCAUUUCAAUGCCAAAGCACGUCACUUUCUAUUAG